GUUCAGUCGAAUUUUUUUUCUCGGGUCGAACGCUUUACCGAUUCCGAGUUUGUCUCGCUCUUCGUGCGCGCAUUAAGAAAACGUAACAUCGCGAGUGCAGAAAAUUCGGCUGCCAUUAACUACGAUCCGCCCAACAAGGAGGAAAACUGGGAGUCUAUACCCGAAAAACACACAGAGUGGAAAUCAAAUCAUCGCCAUUCAAAUCGCCGAACGCGUGCAUAUAUACGGGUUCCGUUGGUUCCGUUCCGUUUCUUGUCGCCUUUUCUUGCACACACUUUACCACUUUACCUUUGCGUCUCUCGUUCCGUUGCGUGAGUGUGUGUGUGUGCGUGCGUUCGUGUGUGUUGUUUUUGUGUCUUCGUUUAACUAAAACACAGGUAGAAAAGAAAAGCGAAGAAAACGAAAACCAUGAGCGAAAUAUGAAUAUGAAAUUAAGAAAAUAUAAAGAAACAAGAGCAGCAGAAAGCAUCCAGUAGCAACAAACACACACGUUAAUAACUUUUGUGCGUCUUUUGCAUUCAUUUCACAAAGUAUUAUUUUUCUCUUGGACUUUUCAACAACAACAACAACAACGGCAACAUGAGUGAGAGAGCGAGAGCGAAGACCGUGAUCACCGUAUCGUGAAUGAAUAUUUGUCAGUGUGUGCGAGGCGUGCUCUACGCACACACACCCGUACGUAAACAACACACACACACACACACACAUUCGAUCAAACUGUGUGUGUGCGGCAUUUAAUAAAUAAUUGUGUGCAAAUAAAUGUUCCAAAAAGAAAUCGUUAAACAAAAACAACAACAGCAGCAGGAGGAAAAAACGUAAAGCAAAAGUGCGAAAAUUCAUCUUCGUCUUCGGAAAAGUCUAGUGUUUGUGUGUAGAAUUCUUCUGGAGAUUUGGAGCGUCUUCUUCUUUGGAUACGGAACAUCUAUACUUCCCGCAUUGCCGACAAAAGGAUGCGGCUGUAGGAGAGGACUCUCAACCAGGAGGAGGCAUUCGAGAUCGAAGGAUCCCAUAUAUAUAUAUAUAUAAAUAGAGGUCAUGUCGCAGCAAGUGUUCUCGGCGCAUCCAGCGCUGGCGGUGGAGCAGCUACAGCAGGCGGCGGAACAGGAGGAGAACAACCCAAGUAGUAGUAAUCAUUACCAGCAACGAUCGGCGGCACAGAGCAGGCGGCAUGCCAAGGCCACGCCCAAGAAGUUCACCCUGAGCAGGAGCUGUGCUGGCGGAGGAGGAUCGGCGGGAACCCUGAGCGGAGUCCACCAGCAGAAAGUCACAACCAGUUCAUCAAAUCCCGCCAUCAUCAGUCCGGAGUCGAGGAAAACCCUGCCGGUGCGAACAAAUUACGCGGCGGUGGAUGAUGACGAUGACAUCGAGUGCGAGGAUGUCGAUGAGGUGAACUUUGGCCAGCAGGAGAAGGAGACCGGUAGCCGGCAACCAACCAAAGACUGUGGCACCGAUGAGACGGAUCAUGUGCAGCAGCGUCACAAAAACACAUCGACGACAUCGGCAGCGACGACGACGACGAGCAGGCAUCACCACCAGGAUGGAGGCGGAGGCGGAGGAGGAGGCGGUGACCAGAGUGAUCUGAGCAGCGUGAUCAGCUCGCCAUCGGUUAGCACAGUCUCCUCGCCCCUUUCCACUCCCACCAGGCUGCCACAGGCGCUGCAGCAGCAGCUGCACUGUUGCCAGAAAUCCAAUGGCAUGGAAUCCCGGGCGAGAACGUCGCCGCAACAGAUCCAGCAUCCGCACAGGCAACACCAGCACCACCACCAGCAGAAGCAGCACCAUCAUCACCACCAUCAUCAUCAUCUCACGGCAGCGGGUUGUGCGGGGGGAGGAGGAGGAGGUGGUGGUGGUGUAGGAGGCGGCUCUGGAGGAUCGGGAUCCUGCAAGGCCAAGAAGCUCGAUCCACGACUGAAUCCCUCGCCCUAUCGCCAGCUAUUGCCCAUCGCAUUGUGCCUACUGUCCUUCGCGACUGUCUUUGCCACAUUAAUAGUUUACAUGGAUACGACAGAGAUUCGCCAUCAACAGUUUCGGCUGAACAUGUCGCGCGACUACGAGCUGAAUGGGGUUUCCCAAGACGAUCCCGCACUCAUUGCAUUCCUGCGCCAGAUCCACAUGGGCAAGUACCUGGGCAAGGCGUCGCCCAAGGUCGCUGCUGCGGCUGCGUCCACAGUGGGCGGAGGUGCGCCGCCCAAUGCCCCCCGCCUGGCCACCGCCGGUUCGACAUUCGGGACGAGCGGCAACAGCAGCGGCAGCGGAGCCGAUCAGCUGGCCCACUAUGUGGCCGAUCUGGUGGGCGGUAAGAUGAAUGGAGCGGUGAUCCAGUCGCUGAGCGGUCCGCUCGCCCAUCUGAUCACGGCGCCCUGGCUGAGCGAGCAGCUCAACUGGAUGGGCGUGCUGGUGGAGCCGGAGCCGCGAUGGUACUUCACGUUGCGCAAGCAGAAUGCCCAGCGGGCGCGCAUGCAGGUGGUGCACGCCUGUGUCUCGCCCAAUACCUAUCCCAAAGAGAUUACCAUACACAACGAGGAUGUGCGCAUCAAUAGUCUGCACGACGAGGAGACCUCGUGGUUCAACUCGCGUGUCAAAUGCUUUCCGCUCUACACAAUCAUGCUGGCAUGUGAGCGCACCGAAUACGAUCUGCUUAGUCUGGGCGUACAGGGGCAUGAGCUGGAGAUCUUGCAGACGCUGCCCUUCGACAAAGUGAAAAUCGAUGUGAUAUCGAUACAUUUGCUCGAGGACCACGAGGACGUGCACGACUAUGUGCUGGACAUCACCAGGUUCCUGGCGGGCAAGUCUUAUAAGCUGCAGCGCAAGAUCGGGCGAAACUACUUCUACCAGCGGCUCAAUGCCAGCGCCAGUCGCACGCGCAAGAAAGACAUCCUGCUGCUGAAGACGCCCUAGGCUCGCCAACCACAACGAAAGAUCGAAGGAUCUAGAGAUCCGGCUGGGAAACAGAUGCCCGGACGACAUCGAAGUGAAGACAAGCGUUAGAAAUCGAGAAAAAAGAAAGUAGUUACUGAAAGAGAUCAAGAAAACACUUGGCAGCGAAGCGAGAGAUUAUUGAAACUCUCAAACUGAACUCUAUGUUAUAAUGAUAAUUAUUACUAUACAUACGCUACACUAACGAUAUCGUUUAUAUAUACUGUAUACCGAUUAUGAUAUAUAUUGUACGAGUAGAAUCAUAGUUUUUGUAAAACUCAAAUCUCCUUUUCCCCUUCCCAAAACAAAAACCUAUUAUAUCACCUUUAUGUUAUUAUUUCCAUUUAUUUUUUGUCGAAAUUGUUUUUUUGUGAGCGUGCACAGAACAAUUGUGUUGAAUACAAACACAUUACUAUAUACAUAUAUGCAUAUAACGUAUUAUGAUUUGCUAUAAGCUAUGCUAAAUGAAUGUUAAUCUAAGAGUACGCACGCCCGCCCCUUUUCGAUGUAUAAAUUAAAUUGCAACUGGCGCGGCGAGUUCGGAUUAUGAACGAGAAAUUAUUGUAACUGCUCUGCUACUAGGCUUAGGUCGGCUAUCUCCUACAAACUAUCCAACUAUCUAUCUAUGCGAGUUUAUGUUAUAUCCAAUGCUUUAUCUAGUAAUCAAUAAGUAAACAAAACCUAACGUAAACUAUUGUUUAAACUGGCGCCGGACGACGAAGACGACAGAGCAGCGCAAAACUAAAUACAGAAAUAUUUAAAUUAUAUUAAAUUAUUGAACCAAACCAAGCACAUCCAUACACAUACACAUAAACACCACCAUUGUACACACAUACACACACUAGCGCAAGCGAAUAAAUAUAUAGAAAACUCAUUUGCAAAAUCUGCUUUCAACUCAUCUCAUACUCAUAGUUACAAAAUAAGGGAACCAUUAAAUUAAAUAACAGAAACGGAGAUCGAAGGAAUCGAACUAGAAAACGAGGCAGCAUUCAAAAGUUAUUACCAAGCAAUUACGAAAUAGAGCAAACAUUAAAAAGAAACACCCAAAAACACUCACAACUUCACUCAUGCACAUCUUAUGUACUACAUGUACUAGUGAAUAAACAAAGUAAAUAAAUGUAAAUGUAGCGCAACGAAAUUAAAUGUAACACCACUCGUAUUUCAA